AUGGCUGACAGAAGGGUUGACGAAGAAAGGCUGAAUAAGAAAUUAAACUUCUCCUUUUGUGAAGAAGAUACUGAGAAUGGAGGGCAAAUGACAGCACACAGCACUGGAGAGGCCCCGAGCCAGAAGCCUAAGACCAAUGAGGAUGAGGACUUGGAGGAUCCCAAGUCUCCUCCCAGAGAUGAACUUUAUCCUCAGAACAGAAACAUGGAAAGUCCAGGUCCUAUUCUUUGGAGUCCAGCUCCAUUCCUUCCUAAAUGUCCAGAGACGCCAGUACCAUACGGCAAGAGCAAGGGGCCAGUCUCCGACAACCCCUCCACUCCCAAAAAUUCACUGCCUCAGCCAGAGAUGUCUUCGAUAGGGAAGCUCUCUGCCCGAAGCACUAAACAUCUGAGACUCACACCUGCUCCCUUCAUGGAUGAGAAGACCUCUUUGUCUCUGGUUAAUAUCAACCCAUUCACUCCAGAGUCCUAUAGAAAACUAUUCCUUCAGUCAGAGGGCAAGAGGAAAACCAGAGGCGAUCUUGAGGAAACUGGAGAAGGGGGAAGCAAAUCGGAACAGUGGCUGCCUGCUAAGAGAAGUGUUCUACGAGAAACUAACAUGGCUUCCCGCUAUGAAAAAGAAUUCUUGGAGGUAGAAAAAAUUGGGGUUGGGGAAUUUGGUACAGUCUACAAGUGCAUUAAGAGGCUGGAUGGAUGUGUUUAUGCAAUAAAGCGUUCUACAAAACCAUUCUCAGGAGUAUCAAAUGAUUUGGAUUUGCAUGAAGUUUAUGCUCAUGCAGUGCUUGGCCAUCACCCCCAUGUGGUACGCUACUAUUCUUCAUGGGCAGAAGAUGAUCACGUGGUCAUUCAGAAUGAAUACUGUAAUGGUGGGAGCUUGCAGGCUGCGAUAUCUGAAAAUGCUGCAUCUGGCAAUCACUUCCAAGAGCCCAAACUCAAAGACAUCCUCCUCCAGGUCUCCUUGGGACUUAAGUACAUCCACAACUUUGGCAUGGUACACCUGGACAUCAAACCCAGUAACAUCUUCAUUUGUCAUAAGAUGCAGAGUGACUCUCCUGUAGGCCCAGAAGAGGCUGAGAGUGAGGCUGACUGGUUUCUUUCUGCCAACGUGAUAUAUAAAAUUGGUGACCUGGGCCACGUGACAUCAAUCAGCAAACCCAAAGUGGAAGAAGGAGAUAUUCGCUUCCUGGCUAAGGAGAUCCUGCAAGAGAAUUAUCAACACCUUCCCAAAGCAGACAUAUUCGCCUUGGGGUUAACAAUUGCAAUGGCUGCAGGAGCAGAGUCAUUACCCAUUAAUGGUGACAUGUGGCAUCAUAUUCGCAAGGGGAACUUUCCAGACAUUGUCCAGGAGCUCUCAGAUGACUUUUAUGGUCUACUCAAGAACAUGAUCCACCCUGAUCCAGAGCAGAGACCUUCAGCAGCAACUCUGGCCAGAAGUCGAAUUCUCCGGCCCUUUAUGGAGAAAACAGAGGAACUCCAGAAGCAACUGAACUUGGAGAAGUCCAAGAUAGCCACACUGGAAAGGGAACUGAUAAAAGCUCAGCAAAUCCAGACCCCUCAAAGACAUAUCCACCAUGGUGGGUCUCAGAGAUACAUCGACCAUGGUGAUCCUGGGACCUCUGGGACCCAUGAAGACUCAAGAAGCACAAGAGACAUGGUAGGAGGAAUGAGUGCAGAGUCCUCAAGAUUCACCUGUGGGAAAUUCUCCUUAUAAGCACUCACUUCUUACCAGCUAGCCUUUUGUCAUACAGCCUUCAGAAAAUGUACAGGAUGCAAGGAUGAACCAGCUUGAAUGCACAAGGAUUUCAAAAGCCAUCCAAUGUAUAGCAUCUAUAGGCAAGGUUACAAAGCUUCUAGGGUUUCUUAGCAAUGCUCUCACAUCUUCCCUAUUGUCAUAUUUCUAGUGCCAUUUACUGAGGGUUUCUGGUGAAUAAUGAGAAAACAUGCCUCAUCAUUGAAAGAGGAACAGAAACACUAUUUUGGCCCAUGGACCAGGAAGCUGCCAUAACUUAUUCUUCACUGACGAUCCAGGGAACUUUCUCUGUACAUAGAAAGGAAUAAAAUACAGCUUUAAGUACCAGCUCACAAGAGAACGUUGCCCAUAUUUCAGCAGUGUUUCCCAAGUUGUAUCCAUUCCUACAACUGCCAGCCCCUUCGAGCAGGGAGUUUGCCUAGUAUGUUUUCUGGAUGGAAGCAAUCUCUCAUCUGAUUUUGUAUUAGUAAAUAAAAGGCUAUUGUUAUAUGAAACAAUUAGAAGUAAGACUAUAAUGUGGACAUUCCUGAGCUGCUUAUUAACUUCUGAAACAAAAUCAGCAGAGGCAGAGGGCUUGGGGAAGUUUGAUAUACCUGCUCCCCAUGUGUUCUAGCCCUCCUGUGGCUGUUCUCCACGUCCUAGUCUUUUGAGUUUUUGAACAUCAUCACCAGGUAUUCUUGAUUUUUUUAAAACCAGAAUUUGUUUUUGUUUUCUGU